AUGGCUUUGGCACCUCAAUUCAUUGGACAUCGUAUGGGCUCUGCUCUUGCCCCUCAUACAAUUGAAGUCUAUUUAGACUAUGUUUGCCCAUUUUCAGCCAAGAUGUACAAAAAAAUUCGUGAGGACGUUUGGCCCUAUAUCGAGCAAAAUCAUUCUGAUAAAUUUCAACUUAUCUUUCGCCAACAAGUGCAACCAUGGCAUGCUUCCUCUACUACUGUUCAUGAAGCCGCUCUCGCUGUUGAAAAGAUCGAUAGUAGAAAAUUUUUUGAUUUCUCUGAUGCUUUAUUUGCCGUCCAGAAAGACUACUUUGAUGAGGCCGUAGAAAGCAAGACUCGCAGACAAGUCAUUCAGAGUUUAGCUAAUCUCGCAGAAAAAGUGGGCGUUUCCGGAGAGAAAGUGCUGGAAUAUCUUUCUAAUGGCACCGGUGAGCCAAAAAAUAGCGGCAAUAAGGUCACAGCUGACUUGAAAUUGUGCGUUCGUAUUGGCCGUCAAAAUGGUGUUCAUGCUAGUCCUACUGUUUUAUAUAAUGGUAUUCGCGACGAUAGCAUUUCUUCAGGAUGGGAGCUUAAUCAAUGGCAAGAAUUUUUGAACAGCAAAUUAUAA